AAAGAAAAGGGAAAAAGAUAAAUCCGCAGGUUGAAGUAAGUUGAAGCUCGUGACUCGCGUGCUGUGGCUGAGUCUGAGAUUUUCAUGUCGUAGAGAGAGUGAUGCGAAGUUGAAAUCGGAAUUCGUAGUAAAUUCUCUUCUGUCGUUGAAUUUUUGAUCCAUUCGCAAUGCACACUCCCGAUGACGUUCGUAACCUUCCCAUCGAUAUCACCUUCUCUCGACUUGGAGAAUGGUUGGUCGAUCGCAAGAGGGUACCCGCGGAUUGGCGUAAGCGCGUGGCGGCGAUCAGGGCUCGAAUUUCCAAGGAAUUUUCCUCCCUCCCUAAAGACUCUGACCCUUUUUUCCAAAACCUAGACCCUGAAGGGAUUGGUUAUUUGGAGGCCAAACAGAUAUAUGAUAUUCUCCUGAAGUCUACUUCGGAAAGUAGGAACAUAUUUGGUCGGCUAUCAGGUGCUGCGGGUGCAUGGGAAGCAAUUGUGCGAUCCUUUGAGAAGGAUCAUGUUUUCCUUGGUGAGGCUGCACAGAUUAUGACUCAAAAUGUGAACUAUGAAAUCCAUUAUCAGAGAAAACAGGUGCAGAAGAUUCAGCAGCAGCUGUUAGAACUAGAUCGCAAGGAGGCUGAUAUAAAAAGAAGUGCCGCUCUCUCUGCAACAAAAUAUGCUGAAGCUUGUCAGGAGCUUGGCUUACAGGGGAAAAAUGUCCGACUUGAACUUUUGGAGACAGCAAAAUCACUUCCAAGCACGUUUAGCAGGAUUCUUGAUGUCGUAAACAGUGACAACAUGUCAAGGGCGAUUGAAUAUUAUUCCAAUUUUGUCAGCGAUGCUCACACUGAAAAGGAUAGAUCUUCAGGAGCUGUAUUACAAAACUUGAGGAAUAUGCGUGAAAAUCCCCCAUCUCUAAAUGUUGCUGUUGACUCUGAGAUUAUUAAUGAUGCUACUGUUCAUUCAAGCAAAAAUGAACUGAAUCCUGCGACAAGCAAUUUGGAAAUUGCUGCACCUGAGAUUGACUGGGAUAUUGCCGUCGAGGGUUCACAAAUUGAUUGGGAUAUUGGAACCGUAGAAGAAACAGAAGAUGCUGGUAAUGGCUUGGGUCCUUAUGAAAUAAUUAAUGCCUCUGAUGUCAUACAGACUUGUUCACAAACUGAGGAUGUCGGAUCUGAUCCAACAAUAUCAAACCAAGAACUAGGCUCUCAUGCAGAUAUAUCUUGGGAUAUUAGUGUGGAGACUCCUCAAGUUGAUGUGAUUGAUGAUGAUAGUGCUGCCCCAACAGUCUUGCUGGAGAAUCAGACUUCUCUUCCAGAUACCUUAUCUCAAUUGACUGAAAACAAGAAAGAAAGGAGCCAGCUUUUAGAUACAGAGUAUAGAAAUAAGAUUCUUGAUGAUCUGUAUGAGAUGAAAUCUUUUUUAAGUCAACGGUUGGCUGAAUUGAGGAAUGAAGAAACUUUGUCCCUGCAACAUCAAGUCCAGGCAGUUGCUCCCUUUGUACUACAGCAGUAUGCUGCUGAUGCUAUAGAAAUGAUGCAAAGUGAUAUUUCUUUGGCAAUUUCAUUGCUGACAAAUCGGAAGACAAGAGAUCUGAUCAUGAUUCUCAACUCCAAAAGAUUUCUAGACAGGCUGGUCAAUUCAUUAGAGGAAAAAAAGCAUCAUGAAGUCAAGUUGAAAGAGGGGUUGAAAGACUUGGCUGCUAAACGUAUGGAACUGCACAAUUCGUUAUCUUCAUCAUGGCCAAAGCAAGAUGCGGCUCUGGCAAAAACAAAGGAGCUGAAGAAACUGUGUGAGAGUAAGCUUUCAUCAAUGUUUGAUGGAAGACCAGUUAAUAUAAUCGGAGAGAUCAACACUCUUUUGACUAGUGGCCUUGGAGCAUGAAAAGAAGAUUCCUUGAUGAUCAAACCUUUGGCGGAUAAUGGCUUAAGCCAAAAUAACUUGCGAGAAGUUCCUUUUUGUUCUUAUUUUUUACAUUACCUGUUCAUUAUUUACAAUGAACUUUGACAAUGCGCUGAUAAUUCUUACUGAUAUGAAUGAAAUAACUUUUGGCACUCGGCCAUUUUGAAGUUGUUUCCAUGAUGUUACAAGCAUAAGAUACUGGAUGCAAUUUAUUUGCUUAUUAUUAUUAAUAUUAUUUUUGAAUUUCAAAGUCAUGCUCAUGACAAGUUUAGGCACCGUUUUCACAUGGUUGUGAGAGGCAAUGGAACCCUAGUGAGAGCAAAAGCGACAAGGAGGGCCCUUAUGAGAGCCAAGGUAACAAAAGCAGUGUUUCGCAUGAGAGUCAAGACACCUGAGCAAGUUGCUAAAAGCUAAGGCGACCACAAGAGACAGACAGGAAUGCGAUGCAACCAGCGCAAGGUGACAUGCUAAGGGGUAUACUAUCAGCUACUUAUUUUGUUCCUUGAUAUACCCUACUAUUCAAUUUGUUUGCUACAUAUAAUUUUUGGACCAUUUUACUUCAACACGUCAUUUUUGGGUUCCGACCAUGUCUGAGGAGGAAGCUUUGUGUGCAUAGCCAGCAGGCCCAGUACUCUGCUUCUACAUUGCAUUGUCGGACAUACCCUCUGUAACUGAAAGUUAAUUUUAAUGAUUUUGUUUCUAAACUACACUAUUCGAAUUUGGAUCCUUUCAUAUUACAAAGUAAUAUGAUUAUGUUGGAGAGAAAAUGACAUAACUUUUAUUAAUCAAAGAUCAUAAGUUUUAUGAUCUAAUUUUAAAAAAAAAUAUUCAUAACUCACUAUUUAAUACAGUUUUCAAUACUCACUAUUUUUAAUAUUCUUGGUUGAAUGUUUCAGAAUUACUAAAAAAUUAAUACUUUAAAGUAUAUUAGAGAAUGUUGUGAACAUGAAAAAUAUUUUUUUUCUGUCUAGCAUGAUAAUAUCAUGUUUUUACUCAAUAAUAUAAAUGGAUUUAUAUAUGAUUUUUCUUAUUUUAAUUUAAAUGAUUAAACUUAUUACUACAUUGAAGGGAUUGACGCACUUUUGUACUUCGAAUCAAAGAUAAGCUCGCGUUCAUCCUCCCUCGAUAUGCUUGAUCAAAAGCUAUGGUGUGUUGUGCGAUUAUGC